AUGGCUACGGCUAACAAUCAGGAAAUAAGAGAUAAGCUCGAAAUAAUGAAAGAAACGGUGGAUGAUGAAAAGAUUCUGCGUGAUUGGGAAACAUGGAUGCAAGAAAAAACAGCGAUUCUUGUUCGUCGUAAUGUACGUAGUACCAAUCUUAAUCUUCACAAAGAGAUAAACACGUUGUCACUAAACAAGGACGAAUCAUUGGCAAAAAAUAUCAACUUAGAUAUAAACGAAGAAGAUCAAGAAGAUCAGGAAGAGGAGGAUAUAAACGAAAUCGAAGAAUUUUUUAUAAGCAAGGGCAAUGACGACAAGGUUUAUAACGAUGGUAUCGGCGAUGACGACAGUGAUGAUAACUUCACAGAACGUAGAGAAGAAAAUCAGCUAACUACUCGUCGAUUGUGGGUUCUCAAAAGUGGUACCAACGUUGGAGACGAAUUAGCGAAAUAUGUUAAGACGAUUCCUGAGGCUCAUAAAUGUUUGAACUUCAAAAAAGACGUGAAGUUAGAUGAAUCUGAUAUACCGGAUGUGGUUGAAUAUUUUUUUGAUGAGGUGGAAAAAGUAACCAAAAAGAACGAUGAACAUAUCAUCAAUGUGAUUGAUGGUUUGACUCCAGAGGUGAUAGAAACAAAUAAAAAUGUCAAACUCACUGAUGAGGAAAAAGAUAUCUUUGCCGGAUUAAGACGUGCCGUCGUUACCUAUGCCGAAAAUUUGAAGAAUCUUGAAGUUCCCAUUUCAGAAGCUGACUUUGACAAUUCAUUUCCGAACAUGUUAGCAAAAAGAUUUUUAGACAAACGUGACCUCAAAAUGGACGUUGGGGAAAUUGCAUGCUGGGCUUCUGCCCGUCGCAGAAAUGAAGGACGCUCAAUAAUCCUCCGGGCACGCAUAGGUCAGAAGUGUGACUUUCGAGGCACAUUGAAAAGCUGUGUCAAUAACAUUGAAGCUAUCAUUGGUCUUCGAAGUGGUGGUCUUCCGGUUGCACACCGUAAAAAAAUUCAUGAGGAUCGGGUUGAUCUUGCCGUAGCCAUGCGUGAUGUUUUGUAUAACUUUUUCAAAACAAAUACCAAUGCACCUGGAGAUGACCUUCAUCGCACAUAUGUUCUCGGAAUUCAAUCAUGGGGGUGGAGCUAUGAAAUUUAUGAUAUGGACUGUAAGGCUACGAACGUAUUGCGCUUAAGAAGGCUUUCUCAGAAUAAGAUGCCCAAUACCCUAAAAAAAUUUGCAUUACUUGAGGGUUUUUAUGCAACUAUGUCUGACGUCAAGUCUACGUUGAAGACAAUUUGUGAUCACACAAAUAAUGUCUCGCUUUCCGAUUCACGUUUACAUAGGGAACGCAAAAGGAAAAUUCCAGUUCAAAACAAGUCAUUUGGGUCGUUCGGUACACCUUCACCAAGCCCUCAAAAGAAAGGAAACACCAAAUCCGAACUAGAUUUAUUGAAACAAGAAAAUGCUACUAGAAUUAAUGAAUUGGAACAGAUCGCGAAAGAAAAAGAUGAACUUGAGGUUAGAAUUGUGGAAUUAGAACAGACUAUAAAGUUAAGUCAAACAGAAAAUGCCGAGCUCAAUAAUGAAAUUGCAAAAUUAAAACGCGCUGUUAAGAAUAUUGAAAAUCAAAUUCGAAUGGAUACUAAUGAUUUAGCCCCACAAGGACUGCUUUCGCAGAAAUCUCCGGAAUACUCCACUCCAUUAUCUAAUAAGAGUUGCUCAAAUGGUGAAAAUGCGCAGAUUAAAAAUUCUUCAACUCACCACGAAGCGGAUCAAUCCAUGACUAGCACUGACUUAGAUCAAGACUUAUCUUUAGUUAAUCAGGAUACUUCAACGGAAUCUGAAAAGACAAUAACAUCAUCAUUAAGUGAUGCAAAAUCCGUGACAGAAUGUCACGAUCUUAACAAUUCUGACUCUUCCUCCGAAAUACUUGAAUCAGACAAUCAAAUCGUAGAAGGUUUAAUACAAGAGAUAACCUAUGAUCAAGCAGAAAAUAUUGUUUCUUCCGAAAUCAAUCCUUUAUAUUCAAAUAAUGAUGAGGAUAUGGCUCCGGGUUCUGUGCAAAGUUUAUCUGACUUAUUUGAUAAAGCAAUUAAAUCGGAUCAAAAACAAAUUUUAAAUUGGUAUUAUUAUUCUCUAGAAUUCGAAAAUAAGAUUAAUGUAGAGGUAAGUGAUCUACUAAUCUCCAAUUCUUCCGAUUCGAAAGUUUUCAAUGUUAGUGUGCCGCCUAUCUCUAAACCCAAGGAGGAUUUACCGGAAGCCAAGACCUUAUCUGAAAAACAACCCAUACCCAUGCUUAUUUUCGUGACAAAACAUUGGAGCAAUAUCCCGAUAUAUUUUAUGAAUAUAGUAAUGAAGUUGGAUCAUGAGGAUGGGGAAGGUGUAGAGGGCAAUUACAAAACUGGAUCCUACUAUAUCAAGUGUGAAGCAUCCGAAAUUGAUAUGAUCCAGUGCAUUGACCGUGCUAGCUCUGCUGAUGCUGAAAUAAUUGUAUGA